AAAGAUGAGGACAGCUCGAGGAGGAGGGCUCGAUCCACAUCCCCACAAGCCAAAGCCCAUUUUACCUUCUCGGUUCCCUCGCUGACUGAUCAGUAGUUACCUGCAAUCAUCCCCUUCGUUCCCACCACCUGCCCGAUGGGUUUCGUCGGAUCGAUGUUGAGCUCGCCGUGAAGCUGGCAAGUCUUGCCUCUCAGGAGAACACAUGGAGACCACCUGGAUGCUUCUUCACUCGAGAACUGUCCCGGUCGGGUUGGGUUUCAACCUGCAAAGGGCGCGCUCUCGCGGGCAUUUCAUCAAACACCCGCAGUGCGGCGAACGCGAGAGCGGUUUUCGCCUCGACCGGACCGUCAAUAAUUCCUCCCAAAGCUCGUUCCUUUAUCCGAAGGUGUCGAGUGUUUCGUUAUCAUCGGCAAAGACGGCGAGAACCCAUCUGUUGCCUCCUCUCAAAUGCUCAUACUCAAGCAAUGCAGCUGCAGAAUCUCGAAACCCCAUUACGAAACUCUUCAAGAACUCGUCGCUCGAUGCGGUGAAAGAAAAGCUUGUUCAGUUAACGCCUAUAGAUGUCGUCAAGCUGUCUGGGAUUCUGUCCAUUUCAAUUGCGACGGCGAAGUGGACGGCCCGUUCGCUGUUGAACCCUUUCUUCUGGAUGUAUUUUAGCUGGAGUUGGUUGUUUUGGCCCUGGACUGUAGCCAUAGCUUCGGCGAUUUAUGGAUUAUAUUGUCUCCGUAAGCAUUUACAGGGCGAAGCUAAAAUCUUUGAGCAGCUUGCUGUGGUCACUUCAGCGUUUACUUGGCUCACCCUUGUCCCUCCCGCUCACUUCAAUGGUUAUCUCGAAGGUUGGCCUUUUGUUUUUUUCUUCGUGUACCAUUAUUUCUUUUUCUUCAAUGUCAGUGUGAGAAGAAGACUAUAUGGCGAUUACUAUGCUCGCCCACAUGAUCCCAAGUGGGAUAUUGACCCACCUAAAUGGCUGCGCCUCUUAUUUUGUGCUGGAGUCAUGGUUGGUCACUGGCUUGCCGCCUUUGAAGGGCCGGAGCUCCACCGCAUCCCAGGUGGAUGGAGCAAUGUAGGGGUGUGGGUCUUGAUAUUGAUAACUAUCUCGAUGCAUUACAAUUCCACAUUGUAUCUCGCGAAAUAUUCAGAGAAGGUGGUCGUGCCGACUGCAGUUGUCCAGUUUGGACCAUAUCGGUGGGUUCGUCAUCCCAUUUACGCAUCUACAAUACUUCUGUUUGCCACAUAUUGUAUUGCACUUCGGGCUCCUUUGAGCUUGCUGUUUGUUGUUGCUGUAUGCUUGUUGUAUUAUCAGCAGAAGGCAAAACUGGAGGAGGCGGUGAUGGUUGAGACGUUCGGGGAAGGAUAUUUGGAGUAUGCUGGUAGAGUCAAGUACAAAUUCAUUCCUUUGGUAUACUAGGGUGUCAUGGGUAUGCUGCAGUUAUCUCUUGUGAAUUAUUUAGGUAUUGAAAUCUAUUUUAUGACCUUGAGGUGGAAGUUAUUAUAAUUAUCAUAAUUGUCUCUGUUGCAA